AUGACCGAGACAGGCUCGCCGCCGCCGCUCCGGGCCACCUUCGUGGGAGUGAGCACAAUCCUCCUGUCCGCUGGGCGGGACGCGGUCCUCAUCGACGGAUUCUUCACAAGGCCGUCAUACCUGCCAGUCUUUCUGGGCAAGAUCCAGCCAGACGAGAAGGUAGUCGCGGAAUGUCUCGCGCGGCUAGGUGUCGUCGAGGAGGAUGAGUCGAAUACAGCCUCGCCAACAGAUCCGCGGACGCAGACGCUGCACGCAGUCCUGGUGGCACACACGCAUUUUGACCACGCGCUCGACGCACCGCUCGUGUGCAAGCGCACAGGGGCGAAGCUUGUGGGCUCGGAGUCGCUGCACAACCUCGGCAGGGGCCAGGGCGUGCCCGAGGACCAGAUGGUGCUCGCCCUGGACGGGGCGGUGCUGGAGUACGGGCCGCUACGGGUGAGGGUGCUGGAGGGGAUCCACUCGCCGGGGGACGUGGCGCCGGGGGAGAUCGACGGCCCGCUCGCGAUGCCGGCGCCGUACAACGCGCUCAGGACCGGGAGGUGCUACAGCUUCCUGGUGGAGCACCGGGGGCGGCGGGUGUUUGUGCACCCGAGCGCCAACUACGUCAAGGGCAGGCUGGGCGGGCUGGGCGAGGCGGACUGGCUCUUCCUGGGCGUCGGGGUGCUGGGCAAGCAGUCGGGCGAGUUCAUGGAGGAGUACUGGAAGGAGGUCGUCGAGGUGCUGGGCCCGAAGCAGGUGGUGCCGAUCCACUGGGACAACUUCUGGAAGCCCCUGAGCGUGCCCUUGUUGCCGCUGCCGUGGUUCCUGGAUCGGUUCUCUGUCGCAGAGGCAUGGCUUCGGGAGAAGUGCGAGGCUGCGGGCAUCGACCUCCGUGUGAUGCAGGCGUGGGACAGCGUGGAUUGUGCAAAGCCAGCCUCGAGCCAGCUCCAGCCAUGA